AACCCGAGCGGUAGUUAUAUAUGUAUAGUUGUUCAGAAUGCUGACCUUGAUAAAAUAUCUCGAAGUAAUUGAAAUAAAAAUAUUCGCAACAAAACGAUUAUUAAUAAAAUCAAUUUUUAACGAAAUAAAUGAAGGGAGUGAGAAAAAGUAGAAAUGGCGCAAAUGACAAAAUCUUCGUUUUAAGAAAAGAACAGAAAAAUUUAUAUGCUGCUGAAUACGUACUCACAAUGAAAUAUAAAUGUUCAUAAAGACAUAAUUCGUUAAAAGCUCGUCUAAACAUGAUAAUUAAAAGCAAGUCUCGUGUAUGUUUCCUUAUAGUUAUCUCGUGUAUGAGAAAAACCUACCUGCACCACAUUUUUCUAUCAAUCGCCUUAAUUCAUAAAAUAUUUUUUGACUUACAAAUGUCGAUAUCGCGAUACGAUAAACAUUUCAUUUCAAUUGUAACCUAAUCUGAUUGUAUAUUCUUACGAAAGAUUUUUUAUUGCUACUACCAAAUUCAAGGUCUAAACUUUAUUCACAAUCAUCACUACGACAUUUAUUUUUCCAAUGGUAACAUAAAUAAUCCCAUUGUAAAUCAAAACAGAAUUUUACGGUAUAAUUAAAACUAUCUAUGUAAAUAGACCUUGUAAUAGACUAUGUAAAUAGACCUUCUUUGAAAUUUCCCAACAGUUGAAAUCUCUGCGCGUUCACGUCCCCUGUUUCGACGAACACAGCGCUAAGGACAUCUUGCUUGAUUCAUUAAUACGAGUAUUACGAUCUACCAGCGCGAUAUCAUAUUAUUGUUACAUUAUCGUUGUUAUCAUUGCAAUAGAAAUUUGAUUUUUUCGAAAACGAAAUUUCGAAAAAAGAAAUUUUGUUCUAGACUUUCGACUUGUCUCUGCAUGUAGAAUAAUCAUUUGCCCAUGCGAUCUGCUACAUUCUGUACAUUUUAAGAACUUUGGCUAAUUAAAUUAGUAAUUGUGGUACAUUUUCAACGGGAAGAGAGCCUAAGAUAGAGGAGGGGGGAGGGGGGGGAUUAAUAACAGAAUGAUUCAUAAAUGCAUCUAAAUACUUCAGGGGAUAAAUCUGCACACGAAAAUACGGAUGAAGUCGUCAAGCUCAAUAUUUUGAAUAAUUUUCUCCUAUACGUAGGAAUAGCAGCAUUGGGCGGCGGUCGGCCUUAGUUUUUGAGGUAUGCGCACACAUAUUACACAUACAUAGUACACAUUACACAUACAUGGUACACAUUACACAUACAUAGUACAUAUUACACAUACAUAGUACACAUAGCGCACACAAGCUGGGUUGGGUCAGUGGUAGUAUUAAUCCGACCGUCGCGCUGUGGAGAUUUAAUCCGGAUUUAGAUCGUGAUGGCCAUGCAAUGGAUCCAUCUCAUCCUAUCCAUCAAUUUGCAAAAGUGCUAUUAAGAAAUGUUUUUACCAUAAAAAGAAAAGAAAGCGAAAACUUGGAACAUUCCCUUUGAUCGCCUAUAACUUGAAAAUUAAAGUACGUAGAAUAUAUGUAUUUUUGUAUGGAGGUUUAUUCCCUGAGGUAUUGAAAUGUGAACAUGAUUAACAGAUAUCGGUAUCGCAAUAUAUUUUUUGUACUAUCCUGUUUCUUUCUUCAGGUUCCGAGUUGCAUUCAUGUAAAUGGUCAUGGACGUUUAAUGGACCCACCUGCACGGAAUAGUAUGUGGCGUUUUGGAUAUCCGAAUCCUGUAAAUUACAAUGACAAUGAACUCUUUUGUGGAGGUUAUGCAGUGCAAUGGGUGGAGAAUAAAGGCCAGUGUGGAGUGUGCGGUGAUGCUUAUCACUUGAAAGAGCCGAGACCACACGAAGCGGGUGGCGAAUACGCAAAAGGCACUAUCGUUAGACAUUACACGGUUGGUCAGGAUAUCGACGUCGAGAUCGAGCUUACGGCCAACCAUUUAGGAAGAUUUGAAAUGUAUCUUUGUCCAAAUAACAAUCCAAGGCACGUAGCAAACCAAGAAUGCUUUGAUAGAUAUCCGUUAUAUAUAUCCGGAACUCGAGACGUCCGAUUUGAGAUACCUCCAGACACUGAAAGAAAAGCUAUAUUUCGGUAUAAGGUAACUUUACCACCGUAUGUUACCUGUACGCAGUGUGUGAUACAAUGGAACUAUUACACUGGUAAUAUGUGGGGCACCUGCGAAAAUGGAACCGAAGCUAACGGAUGUGGAAGACCAGAGACGUUUCGAAAUUGCGCUGAUGUGAGCAUCGUUACUAGCACAGCCGGAGUACCGCCGCUCUUUGUACAGCAGGACAAUCCCUUUUUGCUCUAUUACAAAGACUAUCGUUCUCCGAAUAACAUAUUUCCGCUUGUCGUUAGAUCUCAGGUAUGCAUGUCCACUCACCUUUAUCGGCGUAUACCAGGAAUGAAUGACUGGUGUCAAACCAAUUGUCUUCGCUAUCCGCCAAAUUGCCCAGCAGCUAUUUGCCAAUGCCCGGAAUUGUGUGACGCGAUUGGAGAUAUUGCUGGCAAAGACGGUGCAAGCGUUUAUUGCAUGGAUAAGUGUUUAGUAUACCCUUCCAAUUGCCCCUCUCAACGUUGUCGCUGUUAUUAGACAAAUUUCAGUUACGCGCAGACAAUUUGGUGCGUAUGGAAUUGUAUCGUGAAUCUUUAGCUCAUAUUCGACGAUUAACGAUUAACAAAAUGAUUAUAAUUCGAUAAUGUUUAUCAAUUUUGGCAGAAAUAACUGGAACACCGUUAUGUCCAUAUUUGACGUUUAUUGUCAAGUGAGAAACUUAACUAAACAAUUGUAAAUGAUGACGCAGAAAUGAUAUCUAUGUUGUAAUUUUAUCGAAUUUGACAUUUGAUUACGUAUAGAAAUAUGACUGAUAUCUAUCGAAAAACUGCCACCACCGUCCACGAGAGCUAUUCCAUUUACUUUGUAACGAUCUAGUGUUAAUGCUUGAUAAUUCUAGUAAUCUCUUGAUAAUCUUUCCCAUUUGUGUUUUACGCGAUGAAUAAAUAUUUACAUAAUGUUUGGUCCUGUUAUAUAAUAUUAUCGAAAAUAUGUAUAAUAUUUAUUAGAAUAAGGAGUAAAAAAGAAAAAUUACUUGCUCCAUUACGAUAUUGUGCGUUAUCAUUAUCAUUAGUAUCGUUAGUUUCAUUUGUAUUUUUAUUAUUAUUCGUUUAUUUAGUAUUAAAUAAUUACACUCGUUAUGUAUGAAUAUUACAAAUAUACGACAUAUCCUAUAGGUAUGAUUAAAAAGA